CCGUCCGACCCGCCAUCGGCUCAGCUCGUCACCGACAACCAGACCUCCGAACACGAUGCUCUGCUCCGGACUCAGCAACACGCUGUUGCUGGCAGCAACAUGUUUACUCGCGAGUUCAGGUGUAACCCGAGCCAAACGUUUUGUCCCGUCCACUGCGACUGCCAUAUCCAGCACCAGAGUGAUCACCUGCGACGGCCACCUGGUCCAGCACCUGUGCUGUGAGAGCGGCGUGAUCGUUGUGGAGUCAGUCGAGCACACAUGUGGAGAUGAAGAACACUGCUCUCAGCACCACAAACUGAAGGCCAUCAAGAAGAGCUGUGACGGAAAGAAAACGUGUGACAUAGACAUCCAGAUCUUUGGUACUCCUGUUCCCGGCGCCUGCAAAUACCUGGACACCACCUUCGCCUGCUUCCCAGCAGUCCACAGCACAGCGUGUGAAGGAUCCAACGCAAACCUUCGGUGUGAUGAAGGAAAGGCUAUAGUCGUCUACUGGGCUGACUACGGGCGCCGCGAUACGACCACAUGCUCUCAGCAUCGUCCAACCCACGAGAUCCAAAACGCCCAUUGCCCCAAUCCCACCGCUAAAGUCGCUGACAGCUGUAACGGGAAAAGCAGCUGCAUUAUCGAAGCGAGCAACUCGGUGUUUGGCGACCCGUGUCCAGGCACCUACAAGUACCUGGAGGUGGCCUACGACUGUGAGCUGCACACCGUAGCAUGUGAAGGGUCUCAGGCAAACCUUCAUUGUGAUGACGGACACGUUAUCGCCGUCCACUGGGCUAAUUACGGACGCCGCGAUACGACCACGUGCUCUUACCAGCGUCCAGAAUGUGAGAUCCAGAAUGCCCGAUGCAUCAAUCCCACGUCUAAAGUAGCUGACAGCUGUAACGGGAAAAGGAGCUGCAUUAUCGAAGCGAGCAACUCAGUGUUUGGAGACCCGUGUCCAGGCACCUACAAGUACCUGGAGGUGGCCUACGACUGUCCGUUCCACAGUAUCACAUGUGAACAUUCUUAUGCAAACCUUCAUUGUGAUGAAGGACACGUUAUAGUCGUCCUGUCGGCUGAAUACGGCCGCGAUGACUCGACCACGUGCUCUUACAAACGUCCUCCCGCUCAGCUCAGUAACACCCAGUGCUCAAUUCCCACCAGCAAAGUAGCCGAGAGCUGUAACGGCAGAAACAGCUGUUCCAUCAAAGUAAGGAACUCUAUGUUUGGAGACCCAUGUCCAGGCACCUACAAGUACCUGGAGGUGGUCUACACCUGCGAGAAUGUGAUUGAAGAAGAAAAUCCAUCAAAUCAAUAA